AUGAAGGACCACGCAAGGCACGGAAGAAAAUCGAACUGGACGGCGCAGCUGUCGCCGUACCUGAAAAACCUCAAAAUCAAGAGCUUCAUGCAGUCACCAAAAUCACCGAAGUCUCCAAAAUCCCCAGACAGCUCAACGUCACCACGCUCUCCUAGGAGGCAAGACAGCAUGGAUGAAUCUUCAUUCCAGAUCAUCCAUACACCGGACCGGCCAGAGAGGCCUGUUUCCAGGACAGCGAUUCCAAAUGAUGAGCAGUGCAUGCAGUUUCUCAUGUCGUUGCAGAGGCAGGAGGAGCACAAGAGAGGCGGGGUCAAGCAUGGCCUCAAGAUGUGGCCAUACCCGGAUGAAGUGGAGGAGACCAGGCGUCUACGGAGUGUGAGGGUCGAGAGCGUACACCUUGAGGAGGCAAGACUUGCCAGGACGAAUUCUUCUGGUCCGGCAAAAGUGGUUGAGGUUGGGAGGAGCUCUACGAAGUCCACAACAGCGACAAGGCGGUCGGGACACUUGCCUUCGCCGAGUGUGAGCGAUGGCGAAGAGGCCGAUGUACAUGAAGUCGAAGCGGAUGAGGACGUCGAGCCAGAGCCGAAGAUGACCGUCCGCAUGGUACCGCUAUCUCCUCCACCUACCCUUUCCAGGAGUCAAUCUCGCCUGGGUCUGUACACUCCACGAGCACAAACCUCUCGAUGGUCCGACGACAGCGAGUCCCUCUUCUCCUCCAGAGACGUUGACUCGCCCUGCCCUGCACGGGGAACCUUUCGCUCAUCCGCAGAGGUGUCGUCUCCAACAAUGGUCGACGACGACUCAGCCGGCCCCUCUAGCCCGUCUUCUCCACCGCUCUUGACCCCGGUGAAGGACCGUCCCGCAACUCCGUUCACAGAUCCCCGGCUGCGGUCUGUGUCUGACCCGACCACCCCUCCGCCGUCGGAUCACAUUGCCCACCAGAUGAGCCCGGAGUCCUUGCCCCGGAAAUACUCCUGGCGGUCGUCCAAGGAGACAAUCCUCAACACGGGGGCGCCAGUGUCGAGGUUUCAAUCGUGGCUGCCGGAGCCGCGGCCAAAGAGUUCAAUGAGAGAAGUCGAGUCAGCUCAGGAGCAGAAGCCGGAGAUUGAGAUCUACGGUGACUGGGCCGAUUACUACUUUGAAGACGGAAACUUUUGGGACGAGGUCGACUCUAAUGCUGACGGCAAUGGUGAUGAAGACGCCGACGACGAGGAAAAGCAUCAAAGCGGUGAUGAGGACCCUGGAGAUGACGAAGCCGAAGAAGCCGAGGAAAAGGUAGAUGGUGAAGGAGAAGAUGAUGAAGAGGAGGAAGAGGAAGAUGAACAAAAGACAAACCACCUUGAGGUCGACGACGAGAAGGUCUACCCAAGGUACGAGAGCUUCAUCAAGGACUACAAGAACAACGUUAUGAAUAUCACGGUCACGGAGGUAUGA